AUGGCAUCUGUGAUAAAUUUUCACUUGCAAGUCUUCGUCCUUUUUUGUUUGCUAAAUUGUUUAUCUACAGUCUGCACAGUAAGCCGAGGCCGCUGUUUCCCUGGAUGGUACAAAAUCGGUCAGUCCUGCUUUAAGGUCGAGUCAUUUGAUGAAGACGCCACCAAGUAUAAAGAUCAAGGAUACGACAUCUUAAAUUCAGCACGUAAAAAGUGCUUUGAGACGGGCUCGGACCUCGCUAUACCUCGCAAUCGCUCCCUUCUUGACAAGUUGAGGAACAUUACUGUGGCUCGUCGAGGAUCACAUCUGCUUGGUGCUCACGACAGUUUUCGACUAGAUUUGAAAUGGUCCACCAGUGGAGACCAUUUAAAUCCUGCCUUAUGGAGGCCUGGAGAACCCAACAUCACUCUAGGAAAAUGUGUUGUGGCCAAUUUUUCUUCUGACUUGUAUGGAUGGUGGCUGAAGACAACGAAAUGCGAUUUGCUUAGAGGAUUUAUCUGCGAAACUUUAACAGCAGAGAUCUCCUGCGCAGCGGGUGUUUCCCAUAACAAUGGCCACUGUUACAAGAUUUACCACACAGCUCGUUCCAAUUGGGCUAACGCCUCAAAGAUAUGCUCAAGUGAUGGCUAUCGCUUAGCUACGGUUAAUACCACUCUAAAACGCCAAGGAUUAUCCGAUCUACUCGAAAAUUUUACAUCGGACUUUGAAGAAAAAGAGCUUUACCUAGACCGGGUUUCGACAGAUCUGGAUUCCUGGAAGUGGAUGGAUGGAUCGCCUAUCAAUCCUAAUCUAUGGAAAUCGGGUUAUCCAGAAGAGAAUCAGAAGAAAACAUGCGUGCACCUUGAUAAAAAUGAAUCAGCGAUUAUUAACUUACCAUGCGAAGUUAGUUAUGUUGUUGCUGUUAUUUGUCAGAACCGAGAUGGUAAGUCGAUCUUAGUAAUAUUAAAACGACUUUAG